CAAACACAAGCCCCCCUUCGUUGGCUGGUGACGUCACAACAGCGCCGUUUCUUCAGUUUUCACUUUGUCGCUUUCGUUUCGAGUAGGAAUGGCGACGCUUGGAGGGAUGUCAGUGUCUUUAAUAACACUAUUACUUUUUUUACACGUUAUCCAACAGAUACAGGCGGUUUUACAGACGGGUAAAUGGGUUCUAAACGUUGACAGCAAAAAUAUUCAUGAACAGAACAAAUUCAUUUUCACAAAGACGUUAUUCAAAGAUUCGACAGUCUUUCUGCAAUGGAUGAGUGAAGACUGCAAGCAUCCAGUUAAUCUCUCAAUAUCCUGGUACUUGCGAAGUUCUCGCUGUUAUGAUGAAGUCUUUGGACUGGAUAAUUCUGAUAUCAACAAUUACUUCAUGAUGCACACAGAAGUGAGAGAGGGAGGAACUGGGUUUUUCGUUUUCCAUAACUACGAACCCAUGGAGUGCGGGCAACAUGUGCACGAGCUUGCUGUGAAAUCCUUCGAUGUGCCGAGAAAGAUUAUGAAGUCAGAAAGUACGGCUUCUGAGAAAGAAGAGACGAUGGGCAAGAAUGCGACAACAAAGUCAGAGGAUGAAGAAGUCCAGGAGAGGAUGACAUCAUCUGUUGUGCCUCCCUACGCAGUCGCCAGGGCAUGGGAAGAUGGGCCUUACAUGUUCAUCGUUCACGUUGAAGAGACGGGCAGCAGCUCAGAGCCCAGGGGUGGCUCAGAGGAGAGCAAGGCCUGGAAACUGCAGUUAGAAAUCAGGAUGCUUGGUCCUUACCAGUACAUCUCGGUGUCUGAAUGGCCUCUAAUGUGUUUCUACAUGGUGAUGUGCAUCAUCUACGUGCUGCUGGGGGUCCUGUGGCUGGGCCUCUCUGCCUGCUACUGGAGAGACCUGCUGCGAAUCCAGUUCUGGAUUGGCGGGGUGGUCUUCCUGGGCAUGCUGGAGAAGGCGGUGUACUACGCAGAGUUCCAGAGUAUCCGCUACAACGGCGUAUCUGUGCAAGGGGCUGUGGUGUUUGCUGAAAUCCUCUCUGCUGUGAAGAGGACUCUGGCCCGAGUGUUAGUCAUCAUUGCCAGUCUGGGAUACGGCAUCGUCAAGCCAAGACUGGGGGCUCUUCUGCACAGAGUUGUGGGGGUUGGUUUGGUGUACCUGACCUUCUCAGUAGUGGAGGGUGUCCUUCGAGUGAAUACGGAGCAAGGAGGGACAGGCAGGCUGCUGUGUGACAUUGUGCUUGCCUUGACUGACUCCUGUAUUGUGUGGUGGAUAUUUAUCAGCCUCGCUCAGACCAUGAAGCUGCUGCGACUCCGGAGGAACCUGGUGAAACUGUCCCUCUACCGCCACUUCACCAACACCUUGAUAUUCACAGUCAUCGCUUCUGUGAUUUUCAUCAUCUGGAUGUCCAAGACCUUUAAAUUUUCUAAGUGCCAGUCGGACUGGAGGGAGCUGUGGAUUGACGAUGCUUUCUGGAGGUUUCUCUUCUCCAUCGUUCUGCUGGUCAUCAUGUUCCUGUGGAGACCUUCCAUCAACAGCCAGAGAUAUGCCUUCACUCCUCUUAUUGACGAGAUGAGCGACGAGGAAAAAGAAGAGAUGAGGAACGAAACUUUCGAGGGAAUGAAGAUAAGAGGAAUGAAGAUGGAGAGCAACGGAUCAGCCAAAGCCAGCAAAGUGGAUGAAGAUCUGAAAUGGGUGGAGGAGAACAUCCCAUCUUCUAUCGCAGAUAUGGCUCCUUUACUGGACUCGGAUGAGGAGAACAUAACAACCCAAUUUGAGAUUUCCAAGAUGGAAUAAACGCCUUUUGACAGUAUUUGUUGUAAAUAGCUGUGUAGAAUUGUUCCUUUUCUUGCUGGUUUGACUUUUAUUCCAAACAUGUAUUCUGUGAAGGGAAUUCUGCUUAUAAAUGGACACAAAAAAACAGAGGGGGUGGAGAUAUUCUUUUUAUUGCCUAUUUUUAUUUAUAUUUUCUUUAAAAAAUAUUCUGUUUUGAUUUUCAGACGUCGUUACUUCAAAUGAAACACCUCUGUACUGGGAUUGGAAAACAAAAUAAAUUCAUACCAUCCAAA